AUGCCAUUCGGUAUAUCUGCUGCUCCAGGGAUUUUCCAGAAGUUUAUGGAGACGUUGUUGGCAGGUAUACCGGGCACGCAAGUGUAUCUCGAUGAUAUCCUUGUGGUGGCCCAGAAUGAAAAGGAGCACAGUGAAAGGAUUGAAAAGGUCCUACAGAAGUUGCAGAAGGCAAAUCUGACGGUAAAGAAGGAAAAGUGUCGGUUUGGUGUCAAAGAACUCGAGUUUGUGGGGUAUAAAAUCGAUGAUCAAGGAAUUCACCCCACACGAGAUCAUGUGAAGGACAUAGUUCAGACACCACCACCUCAGAAUAAGACAGAGCUGAAAGCAUUUCUGGGCAUCAUAAACUUCUAUGGGAGGUUUAUAAAAGACAGGGCGUCAGUGGCAGAAUGUCUGCAUCGGCUACUGGAUGAUGGAGCCGAAUGGAAGUGGAAAGUUGAACAUCAACGAGCCAUGGAUGAGUUGAAGAAAGAGCUAAGAUCAGAGGCCGUAUUGAUACAUUAUCGUAUGGAUCUACCACUGAUCUUGUGUUGUGAUAGCUCACCUUACGGCGUAGGUGCAGUCUUGGGUCAUGAAACACCAGAAGGAGAGAAGCCAAUUGCCUAUUUUUCACGAACGAUGAACGACACCCAGAGAAGAUAUGGACAGAUAGACAAAGAGGCGCUUUCAAUCAUCACCGCAGUGAAACAUUUCCACCAGUAUAUUAGUGGCAGAAAAGUGAAGAUUUACACUGAUCAUCGCCCAUUGUUGGGAGUUUUCAAUCCUAAGAAGCCCAUUCAAAGUACAUUGUCCCCUAGGAUGACAAGAUGGUGCUUGACGUUGGCAUCAUAUGAUUACGAAAUAGAAUACAGGCCCGGAGAGAAACACCAAAAUGCUGAUGCACUCAGUAGAGUUCCAGUGAGAGAAAGCUUGAAACUCGCGGAGGAAGAAGAAUCUCGUGGGGAGAUUCUAAUGCUACAAGAUGACGUCAUCCCUGUUUCAGCCGUGGAAAUUCAGGAACACACGAAGAAGGACAAGACACUGAUGCGUGUGAAGAGGUGGAUUUUGGAAGGAUGGCCCGACAGAUGUCCUGACCCUGAGUUGAAACCCUUCUUUAUGGUUCGUAAAGAAUUGUCAAUCAUGCGAGAUGUCCUGCUGAGGGGGAAUCAAGUCGUAGUUCCAAAGACGCUCCAAGAGAGACUGCUGAAUUCACUUCAUGCUACACACUGGGGCAUGGUAAACAUGAAAGCGAUAGCUAGAAGCUACAUGUGGUGGCCUGGUAUUGAUGCGCAAAUAGAGACCAAGGUCAAGCAAUGUGAGCGGUGCCAAGUGGUCCGAAACAGUCCGCCAAGAGCACCACUGUGUUCAGAUGAAGAACUGCAUAAACCAUGGGAGAGGCUACAUUUGGAUUUUGCGGGACCUGUGAAAGGAGUGACUUAUCUCAUAGUAGUGGAUGCCAUGUCAAAGUGGUUGGAAGUGAAGAUUGUUCGAUCACAAUCCAGCAAGGAGGUCAUACGCAUUCUCAGAGAGCUUUUCGCGACACAUGGUGUACCCUCUGAGAUAUACACAGAUAAUGGUACGGCGUUUGUGUCUGAAGAGAUGAAGAAGUUUCACAAACAAAACAACAUCCGUGGUAUUACAAUAUCUCCUUGGCAUCCUGCGAGCAAUGGACAAGCAGAGAUUAUGGUACAGAAGGCGAAAAAGGCUCUGGCGAAAAUUGAAGGGAAUGAUAUUAAUUUGAAGUUGGCACGUUAUCUAUUUGCUCAGCACACAACACCAAGCAACGCAACAGGAAAAACCCCUUGUGAGCUAUUGAUGGGAAGAAAGCUGAAGUCAUGUUUGAGCAGGAUACACCCGGAGGAAAUCAAAGGGGAAGGAAAAGAGAAGAAACAGCCAAGGAAGUUCCGUGUGGGAGAUGCAGUGUAUGUGAGAAACUACUCUGAGGGCAAUCAAUGGGUUCCAGCUUGGGUGGCAGAGGUCACUGGACCUGUCUCAUACAAAGUUCAGACUGAAAAUGGAACAGUGUGGAGACGCCAUGUAAACCAGAUGAUUGAGCGCCUUGUGAAGAAUACACCGCCACCGGAAGACUUCGGAGCGACUUCAGGACAGCAGAAUGUAGAAGAUGAGCCUGACGAUGGAGAACCAUUAUCAGAGGAGGAAAACGAUUUUGAGAGUGCCUCUGAGAGUAUUGUAAAUACUACAGCAGAGUCACCGGAACAGGAACCACGACCCCAACGAGAGCGUCGUCUUCCGGCAUACUUGAGAGAUUAUGUUUUGAGUUAA